ACGAGAUCGAUAUCUUCAUGACCACAUUGAAGAAAUAAUGUGGGCACACCCCCAGGUCGAGAGCGGCAAUUCGGCGGGCUGCCGCGCGGCCCAUUCAUGCGAUUACAUCGAAAAGGACGAAGCGUUGUACCUCUUUGGAGGGUGGAGCGGAAAAACGGCGCUGAACGAUGUGUGGCGGUUCGACUUGACCACGCUGGAGUGGCGACUCGUCCAUGGUGACGGCAAGCAGCCGCGCCCGCGCAACAACCACGCGUCGGCCGUCGUGGAUCGAAAGAUCUACAUCCAUGGAGGCCACGAUGGAAGUACAUGGCUAUCAGACUUCUACGUGUUCGACACGGAAACCUCGACGUGGGCUGAAGUGACCACGUCCGGCGUAGGCCCCAGUGCGCGUGCGUGCCAUACCAUGUCGAAAGUCGGCGGCAAGUUGUUUGUGUUUGGGGGCUUUGACGGCGCACACUGCUUCAACGACGUGGACAUUCUCGACUUGGACACGUUCACUUGGAUCCACCCAAUCGUACAUGGCUACCAUCCUGCCCCGCGGAAUGCGCACACCAUGUCCAUCGUCGGGUCGUCGCUGUUUAUGUUUGGCGGACACUCUGGCGCAAAGCACCUGCGGGACCUGUACCAGUUCCACACAGACACGUUGACAUGGACGCACUUGGCUUCCGUGGACGGAAUGUUUCCGCCGGGGCUGCGUGGCCAUACUGCUAACGUCAAACUGCCCAAAGUCUACUUCUUUGGGGGGUACGAUGGCCGCGGCCGGUCGAAUGAGCUGUACAUCCUCAACACGCAGGACAUGAAGUGGGAACGGCCGCCAGACUCGGUCCAUGUAGACGCGCCGUCGGGACGGCAGCGCCAUAGCGCAUGCUUGGUGCAUUCAAAGAUGUACAUCGUGGGCGGGUUUGAUGGGUUCAAGUGGCUCGAUGACACACACGUGCUGGACAUUUGCCGCAUUGAAGAGCAUGCGAUCACGAUGACGACGCAGCGUCAGCUGGUGUCGCAGUACCGAGAGUUGCUGCUCCACCAGGACGCCACGUAUAGUGACAUUACGUUUCUGGUGCAAGACAAGCCGAUUGUGGCCCACAAGGCCAUUGUGGCUGCACAAUCGGAGCAUUUUCGUCGCAUGUUCUCCAGCGGCAUGAAGGAAUCGCAUCAGCCGACGGUGGUCAUCUCGGAGUGGACCCAUCGGGCGUUCUUUCACAUGCUGGUAUUGCUGGGCUUGCAGUCAAUAUUUAGAUGUUUUUGCUGCUUCAAGACAUGUAUCGGUCGAUUUGAUUGACUUGGCUCCUUGUCCACCAAGGGUCGUGAGCUUUUUGUUGCGUUUAGUAUCCGUAAGCUCUGUGUGCUGACGCUGACGCUGACGGUGCCACGCCCACAGUGUGGCCCGUGGAAUUCCAUUCAGUACACAGAACUUACGGGCACUAAAACCGCUGUCCUUGAAUUGGGCUAGCAGCAACCGCUUCUCGCCGAUGGUGUAUGACUGUUGUCGUUGCGUUGGCAUUGAAUGGGCGAAGAUGUCGAGUUUGAAUUUUGAAAUCCUCAAACAUGGUGUGUCGUGAUUGGCUCAGUCGAAAUUAAUUCAGUUUGGGAAGUAGGCGAAUUUUCAAUUAAAAUAGAUCGAUUUAUGGAGGUGGCCAAGUUUUUUGGGGGGCCGGCUUUCUCCCCGGUUCAUUGUACACUAUUUGAAGGCAUACGUUUGCACGUGUUUGAUUGGCCACUUGAAAGAAAUGUUCUGGUUUUUGAUUGGUCGGCCUAUGGUCUGUCGAUAUUUGGUUCUGCCCCCCACUACUUUAUAUUCGAAUCGAAUUGACAAGAAUGUAUAUUCGAAAUGACAAUCAUGAAUACGGUUCGCCUGAUAUUGCACUCAUGACAUGGAUGGACGCCAGGAGUUCUUGUACACGGGAUACAUUCAAGACUUGACUGUGGACACCGCCCUGGAGCUGUUGGGCGUGGCCGAUCACUAUGCAUUGCAGGAUUUGUCGAUGUUGUGCGACAACUUUCUCGCCCACAAACUCGAUACGGAGACUGUGUGCCACGUGUUGAUUGCCGCCACCCAUUUCCAAGUGGACAAGUUGAAGACCACGUGCAUGCGCUUCCUGCAAGCUCAUUUUCACCAAGUGGUGUCGACGAAAGGCUUUGAAGAGCUGGGCGAGGUCCCGGCGCUGCUGCUGGAAGUCACGCGAGUGUCCAUGCUGUCGAGUCAAAAGCACUACAAACCUUAUAAAACCGGAUAAAUAAUGUAACAAUAGUAAUGAAUAACGUACGUGCU